GCGGCCUAAGGCGCCCCGUUCGGUUCCCGCACACGAUUAUAAAAAUAAUAUCAGUGUGCCGCGCUUGUCGCUAGAUACCCUUGUACUACACUGCGAGAGAGGAGGCACACGCUGUCGUUGUCACACGGUGUUGCAGCGCUACGGGGUUCGUUACACGGCAAAAUUUUCACAUUCGGAUUCAAAAUUAAAACUCGAUUUCCUUACACGUUCCAAAGAAGAAGUUGAAUAAGAGAGGAGAUAUAACCGAUACUAAGACCAGGAUUAUUGAUAAAUAAUAAUAACAACGAUAAUCCUCACGAUAAUAUACUAAUAUAAUGAUAAAGCGAAGCGAAAGAAGAUAAAAAAAAAAAUAAAAAGAAAAAUAAAAAGAAAAAGAAAAAAAAAACGAAGUGAACACGACACGAAAAUAAUAAUGAUAACGAUAAUGAAAAAUUAAUUUCAUCAUCGGGGCUGAAGAAGGAAGAACGAGUGAAGGAUUAAUAAACGAUAAUAAUAACAAUAAUGAUAAUAAGAAGAAGGAAAUUAAUAGUGGAAUAAAAAAGAGCGAAAGCUAAAUAAGGAAAUACGAGAGGUGUACGUGCCCAUACGUAACAACAUCGCAUACGUCAGAUUAUACAUAUAUAUAUAUAUAUAUAAUACGAAUAUCGUUGCAACGGCGAGUGCUGGCGAUUACAAUACUAUUUCUGGAGUAAAAUUAAUAAGGAGAAUCGACGCGUUGUACGCGCCCGCGAGUGAGAGAGUAAGCCACCCCUGUGUAGAAAAACUUGGUACGUGUUGGGUCGUGUACGCGUACGUAUACACACACGGUUAGAGGAGACACGUAGACGCACUCGCGCGCACACACACGGAGUUUAUACGCACUCGCGGCACUUACACACGCAUCCGCGAAGAAGAGAGGAGAAGAGACACGCGCGCAGCCGGGGCAUACACGGACGCGGCGACGUUGCUCUGGAUUUAUUAUUUGGUGGUUCGAGGAAAUAAGCGGUGCCGCGGGACCCCGCAAGAACCCAGUGAAGUUUCCGUCGUUGAACCCGCAGUGCUCUCGCGAUAUCGGCGACAAACCACCAUUUUGGCUCGGUCCCCGCUCGCAACGGCUCUACCGACGCACCGCUGCAAGGCUACCGCGUAUACCUCGCCGCACGGCUACCGCGAUCUCAUGGAUUAUUAGCCGUCGACCCAUUUGACCAUUAGCCGUUCGCUGCCCUCGCCGUACAUAAGUGUAACAACUUACACUACCGAUCGCAACGCUAAGGACCAGCCGUUACGCGGUGCAGCUGCCGCUUCUUCUUCUACACAACGCCGAUAUCCGAUCCAACACGUGAACCCCGAAGCGGGUGACGAUUCGGGAACGAUAUCGUACACCAUCCGAACAAGCACCGGGGAUCGUUGCGGCAUAACCGCGAUCCCGCCACUUCCUACCGCCGAGAAUUUCGGGGAGCCCGAGAGGAAGAGGCGAACGCUGCGGGGAAAGGGAGGCCGAGAAAGUGGAAGCGGAAGAUACGUCGCGCUCGCUGGCGUGCAUCCCUUGUAUCGGUGGGCACAGUCCCUGGGCGAUCGUGGAUCCCGCGCGCGAGGUCCUUCGUCCUCGAUACAUCGUAAAACAACGCGUCGUUGUGCGGUGCGGUGCGGCGCGCGAGUCUCGUAUCUCAUGAUACCUUCCCAUACGUUUUCGUCGCAGUGCGAGGUGUCGUUGAAACGCCCUGUAUCGUCGUAAUAUCGUUCGAAAUUAAAUUUUGAAACGCGAGCAACGUCAAGGCUGCAGCAAGAACCGAUUUCCCAUCCGACCCGGCGAUAUUAACCCAGGAGGGAAAAAAGUGAAAAAACAAAAAAAAAAUAAAACGCGCGCAUAUAUUCAUACACGCAUAUACCUAUCGUCACCGAGAGUUCGUACGUGUAUGUGUAUGUGUAUAUGUACGUAGAUGUUAUGUAAAAUUGCAUAGUGAUCGAGAGAGAAGAAUAACUGAUCUAAAAACCGACGACUACCUCCUCAAUUCAUAACCCUCACCCCGUUAUUCAUGUUCCCAUUUCAUUCGAUUUUCCCUCAAGAGAGACUCGAUACGAUACAGGGUAAAUCGUACACGUAAGAGAAGUAACGAUACCGGGCGAAGGAUACCCGCAAUCACGGUGGAGAGAAGGAUCGAAAACGUCAAGUGUUUAAAGAGAGUCAACGAUACCGAAAUUUUCUUCGUUAUAUUAUCGUUGCCCUGAUUCGAAACUGCCCCCACAUCUCGCAACCGAUACGCCAUCGUCAAAUUUUUUUUCAAACAAAGCAAAAUUCAUUAACUUCUUGCUCCGAUCUUCGACAAAAAAAAUAAUUCACGGUCGACCGAUUUAAACAAAAUUGUGUAGUGUUUUUAGUUUUCAGUUAAUCGCUACUAAGAGUAAAAAUUAAAAUAAAAAUUAAUUUAAAUCCAGUGUGUGCCAGUGUAUAUUCUACCUCAAAGUUAGCAGCAGCUAGCGAAAACUUAUCAAUUAAGAUAUAUAAAGUAUAUAUAUAUAUAUUUAAAACAGAUAUAUAUACACAUUAAAAAGAAAAAAAAAAAGAAAGAAAAAAACACAAAAAGAAAUAUAUAUAUAUAUUAUAUAUAUUGAGAAAGUUACUACUACUGUAAAUAAUAUUGUUUCGUGUAAACUAUAUAAAUAUUAGCGAAGCGAGCCAUUAUGUCUAUGGAUAAAUUUGGAGACUCGGGGAUGCUUCAGAAGGAGAUGGAGAGAUUGGAUAUCGAGGAUCGCAACGGCGAUGGUCAAAGCGCCAGUUCCGGGGGUAAAAUCGUGGUCAGCAAUCUGCCUCCCCACGCCAGGUUCGAGGACGUCGAACCGCUCCUGACUACCUACGGACUGGUUCAAAACGUCGAAAAACUUUCCUCGCGAGAUCCGAACACUCAGACGUUGCUGGUCAGCUAUGAGACGCAGGAACAAGCGCAACAGGCGGUGAAUAACUUGAAUGGGUACGAGUACGAGGGCAACCCCUUGAAAGCAGAGAUGUCGAGCGCCGAGAGUCGGCGGCGAGGGCGAAGCCAGCGCGGCGGAGUCGCGUUCUCAGGGUUGCCCGGUUCCGGUCGUCAGACCGACUUCCCUCUUCGUAUUCUCGUACAAUCCGACAUGGUGGGUGCGAUAAUCGGACGACAGGGAUCGACCAUACGUCAGAUAACUCAGAUGACUCGCGCCCGCGUCGACGUACACAGAAAGGACAACGUUGGCUCGCUAGAGAAGGCGAUUACCAUUUACGGUAACCCGGAGAACUGCACGAACGCAUGUAAGAAAAUACUGGAGGUCAUGCAGCAGGAGGCCAACAACACGAACAAGGGCGAAAUUACCCUGAAGAUCCUAGCGCACAACAAUCUAAUCGGACGCAUUAUCGGUAAGGGGGGUAACACCAUAAAGCGAAUCAUGCAGGAUACGGACUCCAAGAUUACAGUCAGCAGUAUCAACGAUAUCAACAGUUUCAAUCUCGAACGCAUCAUAACCGUCAAGGGCACGAUCGACAACAUGAGCAAGGCCGAGUCGAUGAUCUCCAGCAAACUCCGUCACAGUUACGAGAACGAUGUACAGGCCAUGGCUCCCCAAACCAUGAUGUUCCCCGGGCUGCACCCGAUGGCGAUGAUGUCCACUGCGGGAAUGGGAUACAGUUCGCGUGGUCCUGGUCUGUACGGAUCGGGCCCAGCGCCGUAUCCUUAUCAGGGGAGCCUGCCGGCCCAACAAGGCGGCGUACUGACCGGUGACACCCAGGAAACAACCUUCUUGUACAUUCCCAACAAUAGCGUCGGCGCUAUCAUCGGCACCAAGGGUUCCCAUAUCAGAAACAUCAUAAGAUUCUCGGGUGCCAGCGUUAAAAUUGCACCGCUUGAACAGGACAAGCCUGCCGAUCAACAGACCGAGAGAAAAGUAACGAUCGUCGGAUCGCCGGAAUCACAGUGGAAGGCUCAGUGUUUAAUCUUCGAAAAAAUGAGGGAGGAGGGCUUCGUAGCCAGCACGGAGGACGUCAGGUUGACGAUCGGAAUCCUGGUUCCCAGUGCUCAAGUCGGUCGCAUAAUCGGCAAGGGCGGUCAGAAUGUCCGGGAUUUGCAGCGAGUCACGGGAAGCGUCAUAAAACUCUCGGAACAACAAGCGACACCCCCACAGGCUGACGAAGAGACGACGGUCCACAUCAUCGGAGCUUUCUUCUCUGUUCAGUCGGCACAAAGGAGAAUUCGUGCCAUGGUGCUGCAGUCCGGCACACCGGGUAGCGGAACACCAGGACCAGGUCCGACAGGUGGGCCACGCGCUGGUCGCGGAGGUAGCCAAGACGGUAGCUCUCGUACCCGACGUGACGGUAGCGCGACGUCCCAGGGUGGAACCUCCCAGCAGCGAUCGUCAUCCCCCGGAAGCCAACAACAGCAACAACCGCAGCAACAGCAGCAACAGCCGCAGCAACCACAACAACAACCGCAACAACAACAGCAACAACAACCGCCACAGAAUCAGUAACGUUGAAGUUAACUACCCGAUGCCAACAAAAACGCCUCAGAAAAUCCAUUUCUCCUCGCACGGGGCGCGAUUACUUACCAAUUUGAAAUUCACCUCCGAUUACGGUAUAAUAUAAAAUUCAUCAAUGGUAUCUAUCUGUAUAGAUGCGAGCACUCUCACUGUUGCAGUCGAUCUCGAAGUCCGCACACGAGCAAAAAUACGAGCACCAUUAUUACGCACUUAUGUCCAACCGAACGAUUUAUAAUUAGCGUAAUAAUGGAAGGCUGCCGUUAUCUUUACUCGUGAAGAUUAUUCCUUUUCUCUCGAGAUACGAACAUACUAUGGAUAUAGGUAACGGGGAAUGACGAGACACGUGCAGAUCCUCUUCUUGUUUCCCCCCUCCGGACGUGUAACUGCCCUCGUCUUCAAUUUCUUUUCCUCUUCCCUGUCAUUUACGGUAGGGAUCGAUGCGGACGCGUGAACGGAAGAUUUCAAAAUGGUAACGUACUCGUCCCGACGACAAGAUAGGGAACGAUGAUGAUGAUCAUGAAACAUACACAACCUUAUUACCUCAUUCAUUACAAUUAGAGAUGAUAAAUAAUACGAUGAUGAAAUUAAUAAGAUAAAGACGAUUAUUACGUUGGAUGUGAAAAAAAAGAGGGUGACGUGACGAUGAAGAUUAAAAAUACGAAGGUGAACGUGAACGUAGAGAUUAUGCUAAAGAUGAGAAUCAAGUGAAAUGAUAUGAAAUGAUGAAAAACGUUAAUACGACUAUAAACUAAAAUCUACCUAAUAUUAAAAUUAUAAUAAUAAUAAUGAUAAUAAUAAUUAAAAAAAAAAAUAGUAAUAAUACUAAUAACACUAAUAAUAAAAAUAAUGUUAAUAAUAAUAUUGAUAAUGAUAAUAAUAUUCGUAAUAAUAAUAACCUAAAACAACAACAAUAAUAAUAUAGGGAGAAUUUCCGUCAACCGUGCAUAUUUAUGGGUAUGAAAUAGAUAUGCACAGAUGCAGAAAUACGAAUAGACCGAAUGGCGUACAUUAAAAUUAUCACACUAUAGGUAUAGGUAUAACACAUACAUGCGAAAAGCGUACAUAUAUUACCAUGUUAUGAUGGCUGUUUUGGCAAUGAUGAAGAGGACCUUUUUUCUAUUAUUUUUUUUUUUUCUAAUCUCAUUUUACGUUCACCCUCACCCUCCCCCAGCCCCGCUUUGCCGUUUUCCUGGAAAACCGCAGCAAACGAUCCUUCACUGACGGGAUGAAUACGAUAACCGAGAGUGUCGAUAUCAUGUUUAUCGAGGCUCCAACGCCAACUGCAACGGAUAUUGUCCAACCAAAAUCAGUUCACGUCAGAGAAGUAAAUCGGAAAGAAGUGUCAAUGUCCGAAUAGAAAAGGGGAUAAAAACGUUGAAGUGGUAAAAGUCGAAAAAGGAGUUUCGCGGGGGCGGCUGGUAUCCCUAGCACCAUACCAAAGAAGCGACAAAGAGUGGAUGACUUCGCCGGGCGAAGCGACCGCGUUGAAAAAGAAAAAAAACUAACCAUCGAGAGUGCGUACCGCGAGAUCAAGAGUUCCCGCAAAAGCAGCGGGUGAUCUCCGCACGUAAUCCGCGUGCGGAGACCGUCGCCAUUAUUCAUCCGCGACAGCGACGGCAACUCGGAAACUUUGAAGGGACCAGCGGGGGCGGUAUUGGAUGACGACAUCAGCGGCAGGGUUCAAGACAACGAAAAGGGGGAGGAAGUACGCGUGAAAUCCUCGUCGCGCACCCGCUGAUCGCUAAGCCGAAAAAAGAUCACGAGUGAUCGAGCGCAGUGGCACGCCUACGAGCUUCCAAAGACGAGAAAGUUCGAACGCUCGGGGUGAUUAGGGGUACGAUACGACUCCGUUGAAUGGCGUAAAUUCGACGAACGCGCAAAGCACCCCGGGUUGUCAUAUACCAACCGGAAGGCAUAGUGUCGUCAUCAUCGUAAGAACAUUGUGUUGAGGGAGGACUAUUUUAUGCUAUAACAUGUUUACCGCGCGCUCAGGUCAAUCUAUUACGAUUAUAUAUUAUUCGGAUAUGGAUGUGGAUAUAAAGAUGUAUCAAUUUAUGGAUGUUAUAGGUAUGGGGUGUCUGCGCUGCGGGUCUACACCUGAAUACAUAAAAUAUAGGAGAGGGAGAUAAACAAAACCGCUAAACUCUCUCAGGGAUUUUAUUUUACCACGAAUGUAAUAAGUGUGUGAGUGUGCUUGUGUUGAAUAAUACUAUUAAUGAUAAGUACGAUAUAUAUUACCGAUUAAGGAUAGGGACGCGGGGACGAGUUACCGUUUAGAAUCCGUUGGAUUUGCCCUACUUUCAAUAUCAAUGGCGAAACGGAGACGCAUAAGCCCGCUCGCGAUACGCGCAACGGAGAUCUUGAGAAUUGAAAACACAAAAUGUGAGAUGAACCGAGCGGGAUUUUAGGGGUCUGGAACUUUGUUUUUUUUUUUUCAUUUUUCACCGAGUUCCCCGCGUCGCGAGUUACACGAGGAACGCGAGUAGAAGUUGAUAAACAAUUGUGAAAGAAAAACGAGAAAACAAAAGAAACAAAUACAAGAAAAAAAUAAAAUAAACCAACAAAAAAAAAAAAAAUUUUGUUAAACUGGCGUCGUUCCCGAAACUCGGUGCGAGAUAUAAAUAAUGCGGCGUCAAAUGGGUGAUUUUUUGGCAAUUUCACCGAUUUCCAAAAACUCCUGCACCAAAUCGGACUGACGUACCACUUGUGGCCGACACUGCGGCUUUCGGAUUGGUCCUGGAAUAAAAUUCUUCUCGUCACCUGCGAAAAUGUUUUCAUCCAAAUUCGUCAGGGUUGUUUCGAGGGCCAACGGAACCGCACGAGGCACACGGCGGUACGCUCUUAGUACAAAGAAUAUAUAAUAUACGAGUUUAAGAAAAGGCAGAGGAGAUGUUGCGCGCGGGCGAGUUGAUUGGGGUAGAGUUUAGCGAUGAGCGUUACCCGGUAGUUCUCCGGGCAACGGGUGGUGCAUGCGGGUCUUCGAACGAUUCUCAAUUUUUGGUGUUACCAUCAACCUGCUCAUUUCCGGUACCCAUUGAGUCCGCGAGCUUCCGGGUGGCGCGUCACAGACAGGAAGGAGAUUUGAUUAAGUGAAAUUUUAUCGAAAAGAGAGAUAUGAGAAUUAAGAGAGAGGAAUAUGAAAAAAAAAUAUAAGUUUAUUUUUGAUACAUUGUUGGGGAGAUCUCUAAAUCUUUCUUUUUCCAUUAUUACUAUGAACUUUUUUUUUCCUUUCAUUCUUUAUUUUUUGUUAUUUUUUUUUUUCUGUUAGGUGUUUUAAAUAACUUAAUGAAUUUUAAAGAUAUUAAAGAGGGAAUAAGAAAACGAGGAAAAAUUUUAAUAUAAAUAAUAAAUAAGAAAAAAACAAAAAAAAAAAACAAAAAACAAAAAAGUAAAAUAAAUAAAAACAAAAAAACAAAGCGGAAUGAUAAAUUCGUGAAAAAUAUGGCACAUAGCCUUUUGCACUAUGUGGGAACAAAGGAGAUUUUUAGUCGGAUAAAUUGUAUAAUAUAUUUAAUAUAUAUUCGGAGGUAAAACUGGUGGUCGAUGGCCGGAUGGUGCAGGGUGUCCUUCUUUUAAAAAAAAUGGACGCCGUUUGGCACCCGCGCAACAAACCUAGCCGGGCUCGCAGUUUUAUGUGACCCGAUAGCUUGGAAAGCGUGGGUGCCACUCCCUUCCUCCCCUUUUCCCUUCCGUCGUCCACUUUGCUCCCCUUAUGAAUCGCUGCCUCGACCCCCGCUACCUCCAAAUUUAUUUAUCAAGCGUAAAUAUAAAAAGAAUGUUAAAAUAAAAGUUUCUAAAAAUAAAUACAGUGCCAAGGGACGAAAAUCACAGCUCGCAAAGUCAUGGAAAAAUCGGCCGGCACACACACCGUAUCAUUGCAGACAAGGCUCGCAACCAGACUGCAGCUUUUUUGAAACGUAGAAAAAAACAUAACGAAAAUCAACCGAAAAAAAAAAAAAAAACAUCAACAUUUACGCUAAUACAACAUGAUAACUUCUUAACCCUCCUUUUUCCAUGUCGCUGAUAUUCAAUUCUCCGUGAAACGUUUGAAAAUUUCAUGAACAUGAUUAGCUACACUAACUAAGCCCGAAAUUCUUGCUUUUCCCAUUCGAUAUUGACGUAAUCGUUACUAUCGCUUUGGAAUGAAAGUAAGAAGAUGAAAAAUUGAAAGCGAUGAAGGGAUGAAUUGUGGUUGAACUGGGAAACGAAUAUAUGACAAGUUGAGUAAAGAAAUUUUGAAAUGAAUUAAAAGAAUCAUAUGUACUCGAAAUUCAAAUUUCACCUUCUUUUGGACGUAUCUCCUGGAAAAAAAUCAAAAAUCGCAAGCAACAGCAAAAUUAGUGUAAACGAAAUUACAAAAAUCUGCCCCAUACAAUAAUAAUGAUUUCGUUUCGAAGAAGGCGUAAAAUCCUUUAAAUGAUGAUGAUGUAACUGUAAAUAUUGCUCGCUUAGUUCUCAAACUCAGAAGACAAAGGAAUUAAAAAUAAUGAAACUAAAAACGUAAGGAAACCCAAGACACCGAGUAACCAUCAAAGCUUCAUUAAAAUUAACAAGACAACAUGCAAAACAUACAACAAUAAAAAUCAUGGCAAGUGAAAGAAAAAAAAAUAAACACUAAAUCAACAAAAAGCAAACAAGAUCUUAAGAAAGACAUUUUCGGCUAAUUCCUCACCUUAGCAUUUUAGGAAGGAACGACAGACUCGAUAUAAAAAAAUGUACAAAUCAAAAAAAAAAGCAUAGAAAUUAUUAUAAUAUAAUAAUUUAAAAGAUUUUAAAAGUUAUAAAUUAUGAAAAAAAAAAAAAUGAAAAAUAAAGAUAAAGAUAAAUGAAUAAAAAUAAACGAAUAUGGUAUUAGGGUUAUACCAGACGAAUGUACAAACUUAAUUGCUAAAAAUCUAAAAGUUAGUAUCUAUAAUAUUUAAAGAUUUAACUAAGAAGAGAAGAAAUUAACGUACCGCAUUACGAUAGACUGUUCGGCGCGCGACGAUACGAGCGCCCAGGGUAAAGGGAAUAGUUGUUAAUACGAAAGAACAAACGAAAAAACAAAACUUAGUUUGUGACCUUGUAUCAGUUUUCAUGUAAAAUUUAUUCCGGGCCUCGAUGGUUUGCUAUACGUAAAAAGAAUUCUUUCCAACCACUCUUUAGACUCCGCGCGUAUGUAGAGUGCAAGCGUUGCACGAACCGAAACAGAUUUUUGGUCAAACCGAAGGAAAUGAGAAAAACAAUCGAUAACACACUGAUCGUUGGCAGUAAAUAAAAGUGAGCAAUCCUCUAUCAAUAGAAGAAGAGAUUCCGUUAAACAGGUGCGCGGUUCAAUCGGAAAAAUUGAAAUACGAAUUAGAUCGACAAAUCAAACGGUACGGAGAACAGACUGAAACCGCAUUCACCGCGAUUCGAAAUUUUCUUUGGCAUUUGCAUUGACGAAACGACGAUCGAUCGUUCGACGCCUAUUGAGUAGAAUAUUCGCAUCAGGAUCAUCCGGAACUCUGAUUUGAAGCUAAUACAAUCAUCACUGAAUAUUCGAACCUUUGGUGGCGUAGCCUGAUACGCGAUCGUUUCAUAAUGGGAAAUUAAUCUAGAGUCCGAGUACCGAACACUGUUCAGGGUGGAUAAAGAAAAAAUAAAUCCAAAAAUUGAUCACUGGUCAUUGAAGAGAGAGACAGACGUAGAAAACACGAUGGCAAAACAAUUACCAAUUCGAAUAUCCAAUCUAUAAUAGUCUAUAGACCUAUGGUAAUCAUAAUUGUGGCUAUAUUCAUGGAAUAAAACAGCAAGAAUAGAGAGGGCAAUAAUUGCUGUCGAAUGCCGUGUCGGGUGGAUGAAAUAAAAGAUAGUGAACUUUACAAAGGAUCAGAUAACAUAAAACAGAACCAUAUAACGUUGAGCAAUGCACCAAACGACAAUAAAAAGUCGCGACAACUUCGAUGCGUGUAUUCGUUGCAUCUGAUUAUGAUAUGAAAAUUUAUAAUUACACGAUACUGGUAGAAAGAGAAAAAAGUUGCUAUGUCUACAUGUUUUACAUUUCACAUUAUAUUCACAUUUUACAUGUUACAAUAAUUCACGUAUAUUAUAACACACGUGCAUCUAUAACGUUUGUGCGAGUCGAUUUAUUUGUACGAUCGAUUGAUCGCAUCGCGAACAUUGACGACGUCUCAUUUUGGCAUCUAGUAUUACGAACAUGCGAUUGUCAGUAGGUAGCCAAUGUUAUCUCCGACGAUGAGACAAACAACACCCGCUAUGCAAAUUAACAUUACUUGGUACCUACGGAUGAAAAAUCGACGCGAUAAACGCGUUCGUCGCGUAUGAAAAUAGUUGACAAUAUCGAGCAGGGUUCGACUCCCGUUUCCAGAAGAACGCAUACCUACAAUACGCUGAUCUAUUUUUCUUUACCCCCAAAGUCAUACGCUUUAGUAUACAUAGCUGUACACUAUAUAUCCAUUUAUACAAUUGUAUAAUUCAUUUUCACCGGACGAAUGAUGGCAGGAAUCAAAGGCCUUAUAUUAUAAUACACAGUUGGGCAUUGUUGUUAAGUGAACAGAUAAAGUGAUAUCGCUACAGAUAAUACUAUACAACGGUAUUCGUGAACAUAUUGUUAUCAUUAUCAUCGUCGUCUGCGUAAAAUGCUGGUGAAAUAUGGGCUAUCGACGUGGAUAGAGGGAUUCAUUCGUUGGGGGAUGCUGAUUUUGUCGAUGAUGACGAUAACGAUAGGUCGAAUACUAGACGAGCCUUAAUAUGUAUAUUCUAUUAUCGUAUCGCUGCCAGUAUGGGCAUUAUGAAAACUGCGCGGGUCUGUAACUUGUUAAUAACAUACAUAAACACAUUAAUAGAUGAAUACGUGAUUACGUAUAAUACAUAAAUAGCUUACUUACUUAUUAUACAUAUUAUUAUACAUCCCUCUGUACAUAUAUACACAUCGCAUACUUGAUAUAUGAAAGAAAAAAAACGAAAUAGUUAUUUUACAAAACCAACGUAAUUGAUUCGCUGAUGCUCUUUGACAUUUCUCGUCUCCGUACGUUUUAUCAUUUGAAUGUAACGAAGGGUAGGAAAAAGCUCGAUUUAAUAAAUAUAUGUACACGUGUAUAUAUAUACAUAUAUAUAUAUGAACUAUCAGAGCGACAAAAUAAAUAAAUAAAUAAAUAAAUGAAAACAAACAAGAAACAAGUAAUAACAGUAACGGUAAUAUAGAUGAAUCACCGAGUAAAGGAAGAUGCAAAAUGAAAUAAUUGAUAACGGAUCACCUCAUGCGAUUUCCUCGCGUAAUGUUCAUAAGUUAAGUGAUAAUAUUAGUGCUUAGCGUAGGUAUAAUAGGUUUGUCAGAAUCAACAAAUGACACGAGACGAUUAAUUUGGGGUUGAUUAUUAGCGUACGUCCGCCAUCAUUCGGAAUGUUAUAGUAUUACCUGUUUCAUAAUUAUACACAUACAUAGAAAUAUAUGAUAUACUAAAUGCCAAAAUGAAAAUCGACGAUUUAUAUACGAAUCAGAUUGUCCGAUGAAUGAACAUAUAACGCAUACACGUUGAAAAUGCAAAAAUCAUAGAAAAACAUAUUAUCCAUAUUACCUAAUAUAAUGAAACAAAAAAAGAAAAAAAUAAGUAUGCGUCAACUACCUCAGAAAUAUGAAGUAUGAAGAGAAAAACGUUGAUAUAAAAAGCAUUAAUAUUAAUAAUCGUCAUAUUGAUAAUGAAUCUUCCGCAGAAUAGUGCAGAAAAUAUUGAUGGGACGAUGGCGCGAAUAAAAGGCAACGAUUAAUCAUUGUCGACCAAUUUUCUCUUUUUUACUCUUCAAUUUUGUUAAACAGAUGACGGUGUUCGAAAAUAAUUAGAGACUUCAACGGACAAGCGAGGAUGAAAAAUAGUUGAAAUGAAAAAAAAACAAUCGUUCCGAAACACACGCAGUUCCGAAACCUUCGAAAACUCUCUGCGCCAAAUAUAUUGCAUAUAGGUUGGCAGAUUCAUUUGCAAACAUUGUUUCGUAUUUGCUUUCCACUUCCGACAUUUUCUACUACUCAUUGUCGGUUACUUCGUUCGUAUAACCGAGCUUAUAUCCCAGUUGAUUGCGGUCUCAAAACGAUGCGAAAUGCAAAAACACAGAUUUCGAGGGUACCGAAUCUGGUGAAAAUGCGAUAAUUGGGGAUGUUUCACCUAAGGGAAGGCCGACGAAUGAGCGAAAUCAAUCGGCGGACAAAAAAAAUAGUACGCGCAUGAUCACCGUUUACACCGAUGUGUUUAAUCAAUCGGACGAUAUUCACCCCGUGUAAUAAUCAACUUCACGCAACCGAAACAAUUAUUAUCGACCACCCUUCUCACGCAUACCUAAUCACACGUUACGCACAUACGUUGGCGUACGUAUACCUCCGAUAUAUUCGUUCGCUCGUUUUGCGUGAUUUAUUUUUUAAGCAAGUACCGAAAUUCUUUGAACGAAAGAAUUUGCCAAAAAUAAGUGGAUACACAUCGCGGCGAUCAGUGUUCCAUACGAAUUGUACAUGGGUAUUGACACUACAUAUUAUACAUAAUUAUAAAUACAUAUAUAUGUAUAUGUUUGUAAAAACGAUUAUUUAUCAGCGGAUUAUUCCACCGACGUCAAAUCGAAGAAAUAUAUAUCAGUAAUACAAUUAAUUACAAACGCCAUGGAGGAAGAAAUAAUAAAUAAUCCAAACGAUAAUCAAACAAACCAACAACACUAAUCCGGUGGUUGUUUUAUAUACCACGUUUAAACGAUGUAAGUUUUGUGCACCCGGAAUGGCGUACGGAUGACCAUUUCUGAUAAAAAAUACGAUAACCAUUGUCACGCAUUGUACAACAACGGUAUAAAAAAGAAAAAGAAAAUGAAAAAAAAAAAAAAAAAACAAUUACAAUAACACUGUAACGAAACUCUGAUAAUUCAACAAUAAAUAAUUACGAUCUAAUUCAACCGAGAACGACAUCAGCAACAACCUAAAAUAUAUAUAUAUAUAUAUAAAAUAUAAUAAAAAUGUAUAAUAACGUUUGAACACGGAAGAACGAAAGCACAGCGCUCAGUUCUCAUAAUCAUGAUGAUAUACAUAAAAUAUAACGACGGUUGCAUGCAGAUACAAUUUCGAUCGGCUCCGAUGCUGAUCGACACUCGAAUCAUUUAUGAUAUACGUGAUACAUAAUAUGAUGCGCUCUUAUUCGAUACGGUUAAGCGUCGCGUCAGAGACAACCUCGACGCGGCGUUUGCUUCGCACUCGAUAUUUGCCGGUGGUUGGUCAGAGGGUUAAAGUCGCGAGGGUCGUUGGCGUUAUGGAAAAUCGAGCCAACGAUACAUAAGAAUAAAAGGAGGCGCUCGAGAUGACGAGCUGCCUGAGGAUUUCGGGAGGGAGAACGCCGGUUUUAUCUAUAACAAUGAGACUUUCACCCGUAGACUCGCCACCUGCACUUACGAUGUUUUCUCCAUAUGUAAUUCAAUUAUUACUUUUUUUUUUUUUACUUUUUUCGUCUACUUUAGUUUACUUUAAUUGCUACUAUUCUACUAUAAUUUCUUCUACUAUAAUAAACUACUACUAUUUUUGCGUCUUCAAAUAAUUGAAUAAUAAUUUUGCUAUAUAAUUUGAUGAAUUCAGUGUAAUGCAUAUGUUUGAACUUGUUUCAUUUACGAAUUUCAUAUUGUGUUGGUAAUUUUACGAGAAUUAUGCAGUCGGAAGACUUAUAAUAAUAGAUAUAAAGAACAUUAUAUGCAAAAUUUUACGUACGAUAAUACGAUGAUGAUGUUGAUUAUGAUGAAAUUACUAAUGGUAUACUACAAAUACUACUACACUACUACUACUACUACUACUACUACUACUACUACUACUACUACUACUACUACUACUUCUACUACUACUACUACAUGUUAGAAAGAAAGAAAAAAAUAAGCUUUUAGGGAUGAGUUCAAAAUUUGUGCAUCGCAUACUGAUUUAAUUUUCACAAGGCGCGUAAAAAUUUUGAAAAUGAUAAUGAAAAAAAUACAUAAAAUAAAGAAAUAAUAGAUACGGUGUUUUUAGUGGGUAAUGUUUAAAGAUUACUAAGUAUAUGGAUAAUCAUUAAGUACACAAAGCAUAGAAAUAAAAUACAUAAUAGGCAUAAGGCUGGAAUUUGGCGCAGUUGUUCCUCCAGAAACGGAACAUUGAACUCUCACAAUUUCAAAUAUUUGGAGAAGAGAAAAAAAAAAAACAAUUUAAUCAGUGGAUAGAAUUAAUCCACAGCUCUAUAAUGUCACGUACGUUCGUCUUUUAACAUGCAUUAUCCUGUAUGCAGAUCAAGAAUACCGUUUCGGUCAUGCGACGUCAAAAUUUGAUUGAUAUAUGAAAACAGACGACUUGAUAAAUUCUUUUUUUCUUCCAAUCUAGAGGGGCGACUGCCCACCGCUAUAAGUUUGGGUAAAAUUUCGUUGACGUGAGGAAUUGACCUAUUUACCGUGAAUAAAACAGUUUUCGAAAAAAUAAAAAAAGUUAAGAGAAACUAGCCGAUUAAUUCAAAUAAACGGUUCGGUAAAAAGCUAGAUAAUAACGCGAAUCAGAUGAAAUUAUUUUGCCAAUAGUGAUAAACGAUAUCCAUUUGAAAUUUACACGAAUAUACAAUAACAUUGGAAGAUUAUAAACGUUAACCUGCCAAACACGAGGAUAAACUAGACGUUCAAUAGAUAUUUCUAUAUAUAUAUAAAUAUUAUAUCUUCGUACAUAUUAUACUAUAGUAUCUCUACAUCUACAACACAAUUACACAUAUGUAUACGCUACAUCGGCGUUAUUUAUAUAAUGUCGUGUAUUUUCAACUUAUUUUCUCUACAGAUUGACAUAUAUUUACACGAAGAAAUAAUAUCACCGUUUACACUGUUUACAUUUUUCACAUUUUUUUCAUGUUUUAACAAUAUGCAGAUGCAUCCGUAAAACAUAUAAGUAUAUAAUAUGAUUCGUAAAACAAAUCAUAAGUGCAAUAGUUACAAUAGACAUGGUAUUCAACAUUUUCCUUUAUUAUAAUUCACAUUUUUAUCCAAACAUGUCGGCGACCGAUAAUCUGUAUCCCUCCUCAAUUAAAAGCUGCUGGGUCUAACGAACCGGUGAAGAAAAUAUUUAUUCCUUCACGUCGUUCGUUUCAUUCCCUACAAAUUGAGUGUACAUAUAGAUAAUCGACGGUUGGUCGCGUGCCACACAACUACCUCAAAAGAUAAUGAAAUAGUAAAUUCCGAGUUGCAAACAGAAACCGAUACCUCAACCGCAUAGUGAAUUACUACUAACCAGAGAAAAUGGAGAGAAAUUAAAUCAUGAAAAAUACGAGAAACAAAUGGAAUUGAUAGUACAGAUUUUUUACCGCAAAAAAUAAUCAAUGAAAAAUUAAAAAAAAUAAAUAAAUAAAUAAAUAAAUAAAUAAAAAAGAAGAAAGAGAAAACAUUUGCAACUAUAUUGUUUACAUAUUAUAAGUACAUUGCCUACAUUACAUGUUAUACAAUUAACCAUUACCUACCUACAUAAUUUAAUAAUAAUGUUGUAAUUGCAAUACCCCGAAACCUGCCUACGUAACAUUGAAAUUUCACUAUUAUACAUUUACAUAUAGCCGCAUAUUAUUAUAAUAGCAUGAUAUAUACCGCAGAGAAUCUGGCGUAGGAUUUUCAAUUUUUUUUUCUCUAUUUUACCUCUACUCUUUAUCCGUAUUGUUCUUGUUUCAUCUACAAGAAAUGAAUUAUUCACAUGAGAAGAAUACAAUUAGAUAUUAUACACAAUCACGAUGUACAAUCGAAGGAAUCAAAAGAAGAAAAAAGAAUUUUAUAGUAAUUGUGCGAAUCACUCUUCCUCCAAAACGAUAAUAGUUACUAUAGUAAUCAAAAGAAUAACGAUGAUGAUUGUAUGUGCGGUGAUUUUGUUAAUGUUGAUGAUGAUAUUUGAACAAAAGUAUAACAAAUACAAUAACGAUACUAAUCUGGAUAGAAAAAAAAUGAAUAAAGUGACGAUGACGAGUUUUAAUCGACACAUUAAAUUGAAACCAAAUGACAACAGGUUCACACAGUAAUAUAAGCUAUCUACACAACAUGCUUUACAAUAUACAUGUACGUUUAAUGGAUAAUAGAAAAUAGUUACGAUAUUAUGAUCGAUCAAAUAGAUUAUUGUGUUCGCAAGCUCCGGCGAUCGCCAAUAAAUUUUUGAACCAGACGGAUCCGUUGUAUGAUGAUUAUUGUUAUUGUUACACGUGGCAUCGACUUCACCCUCGCGAUUUCUCGACGUACCUAAUGGUAUUCUGCCAAACUGCUCGAGCUAAUGAAUUUCCGCAAGCUUACAAGUUCGCAAUUUCUAUAAUAUUACAGUUGUUCGAGAUUUACGAUGGUACGAUCGUCAGAGCCGAAAACCUAUUAUAUAUUUUUUCGCCGUUUGGGAAAUUGUUGCGAUUGCGUUUCCCGCGGGAACUCGUCUUUUGCCCACGUGGCGGAGAAUUGUUAUUCCGGUAUGCCGAAAUCUGUUGGUAUUUUUUUUUAUUUUAUUUUAUUUUUUUUUUUUUUUUUACUUUUCCUUCAUCAUUUUUCCAUACUGCGUAUGACAUAGCGUUAGGUAUAAUGUAGUAAUGGCCGUUGAUCAUUAUCUUUCUUCAUUUUAUUGAGUAUCGAUAGUGGAAGAAAAUAGGAGAUAAAAGAACAUUAAAAUUAUCCAGUUUCCGACUAGCAUGAACACUCUGUUGCACCUUUUUCUUCUGAUCAUUUUCCAUUUAUGACACCUCUCGGCGCAGACGAUGCGAAAGGAGAUGAAAUAUUUCUCUUUCAAUUACGAAUUCAACGUCAAAAUCCUGAAUAAUUCUUCAUCAAUUUCAGCCGAGAAUAGUCAUGAAUUCUGUAUCAGUAACUACUAUACCGUGCGUGCAGCGGUAUAAUGAAUAAUAAUAAGAAGAAUAAUGAUAAUGAUAAUGAUAAAAUAAUGUUAUGGAUUAAUAUUUGAUAGCAAUUCCUCACAAAUAAUGUUUUUCAAACGAUGUGGCGCCAGAUUAUUUGCAAAUUACUGCGUAUAACUUUUUAAAUCUAUGAAUGUAACAGCGUUAAAAUAUUAAGCAACAAAAAAAAAUCGAAAAAAAAAAAAAUACAAAAAACCCAAAAAAAUGUAUACAAAAAAAAAAAAAGAAAAAAUUCACUGUAGGUUUUGGAGAUCCGAUACGGAUUUAUGUGUUUAGAUGCUAAAGAAUAAUGAUUAAUAAAUAAAAUAUAGGAACAAAAAAAAAAAUUCAAAAAAAAUAUAAAAUAUACAAAAAUUGAAACCAGAAUACAAAAAAGGAGUAUCCGUGAACGAAAACUCGUAAAUUAUUUGUCUUGUCAGUUAUAAUAAUUGAACGAAUAUUGUCCGCAAUUAGCUUAUUUGUGUAUUUUGGCACCGCUUGCUAUAUCUUUAUAAUACGAAUUAUGGUUACAUGGUCACCAAAUUAAAUAAUGUCCGAUUCCACAACAAUUAUACAUAUAUAUUUGAAAGACAUAUAUAUGUAUGAAUAUAUACAUGCGAUUUACAGAAUCAACAAACCCAUUGUCCGUAAAUAUGUAUGUACGUACAUGUGUAUGUGUAUGUAUAUAUUUUAUGAAAUAUAUAUGUAUAUACAUACACAUAGUAUAUAGAUCAAUCCGAACGAACCGAUAACAAGAAUAAAAUAGAAGAAAAAAAAGAAAUGGAAAUGUAACAGUGGUAUGUAAAUCGACCCGAUAUAAAUAUCAAUGUAAUAAACUCGAAGCCAGUUUUUCACAAAUAGCAGCAUACCAUAUAUAUAAAUAUAUAUAUAAUAUUACGUAUAUAACAGAAAAUGGGAAAAAAACGCUCUCGGGCGGAAAAAAUAUUCAUGAAAUCAAUUUGUGUAAGGAAUUCAUGUGUAAAAUUCAAUUGAGGAUUGUAUGUAAUUGUAUAUAUAUGAGUACAAUGCAGUCCAUGAGUUAAGAUACAUUCUCCUUUUUCUACCAUGAAAAAAAAAUAAAUUAUUCUAGUUAAUAAAAA